AGAGAGAGAGAGAGAGAGAGAGAGCACAGCGCAGGCUAAUGGCAGCCGGGCUUAUCGCCGCCCCCGACGUGGCCGACGUCAAGUCGUCCCCGUGAACUUUGUCCCACAGCGGAGACAUGUCCGGCCCGCUGCUGCUGCAGCUGCUGAGACGCGGCCGCGCGGCGCAGCGACCGACCGGCGCACUUUCCGGAGUCCGCUCCAUCAUAGACACGUCCUACUCGGCGCACUUCAUGGACUUCGGCCGAUCCUCCAUACCGAGCGUCAUGCGGAAGCUGGUCGUCAACAAGCUCAGUCCCGAUUUCCGAGAGGCCGUGACCGCGCAGACGGUCGCGGUUCCGACCCCCGGGGACGCGGAGCUGCUCGUCAGGAAUCGUUUUGUAGGAGUCAACGCCUCUGACAUCAAUUACUCGGCGGGCCGCUACGACCCCUCGGCGAAGCCCCCCUUCGAUGCCGGCUUCGAGGGCAUCGGCGAGGUCGUCGGCCUGGGCCUCAGCGCCAGCUCCCGCUACACCGUGGGCGACGCGGUGGCCUACUUUGGCAGCGGCGCGUUCGCCGAGUACACGGUGGUGCCGGCCAAGGAGAGCGUGCCCGUCCCCGCGGUGAGGCCGGAGCUGCUCACCCUGCUGGUCAGCGGCGCCACGGCCUACAUCGCCCUGAAGCGCCUGGGCGACCUGGCCGAGGGGGAGACGGUGCUGGUCACGGCGGCCGCGGGGGGCACGGGCCAGUUCGCCGUGCAGUUCGCCAAGCGGGCCGGCUGCCACGUGAUCGGGACCUGCUCGUCCGACGAGAAAGCCGGCUUCCUGAAGUCCAUCGGCUGCGACCGGCCGAUCAACUACGCCGCCGAGGACCUGGCCGAGACGCUGAGGCGGGAGUACCCGCGCGGCGUGGACGUGGUGUACGAGUCCGUCGGCGGCAGCGUCCUGCAGGUGGCGGUGAACAGUUUGGCCAACAGGGGCCGGCUGAUAGUCAUCGGCUUCAUCUCGGGGUACCAGACGGCGUCGGGGAUCCCGGCCUUCAGAGGGGCCACGCUGCCGGCCAAGCUGCUGCAGAGGUCGGCCAGCAUUCGGGGUUUCUUCCUGCCGCACUUUGUCGGCGACUACAGGGAGGCCCUGGGCAGCAUGAUGCAGAUGUUGGCCGCGGGGAAGCUGGUGUGCGAGGUGGACCGUGGGGAUUUGUCCCAGGAGGGGAGGUUCGUGGGCCUGGAGUCGGUCUUCCGGGCUGUGGACUACAUGUAUGCUGGGAAAAACCUGGGCAAGGUGGUGGUGGAAUUGUUACCGCCCCCCGUUGGUAAUAAGCUGUGAUUUAAUGAAUGAACGUGGUAACACUGCAGGGCUUUAGUUUUCGAAUAGAUACAUUUCUUUAUUUUUGAAGGAUGACUUAUAUUAAUCAACACAACGCUUGCACAAAAUAAACAAAAUAAGUGAUUUUUAUUUGCUGCUAUUGCUGUUAUGCAAACUAAAUGCAAUGGAAAAGGUGUUUUUCAUUGUCACUCAGUGGAGCCGUUUGUUCAAUUGUUUGUUAAAUUAUUUUAAACAAAGAAAAUGUACAAAUCACAAUGCAUUGAUUGUGUUGCACAAAUGUGAUUUCGAUUAAAAAAUCCCACACGGUACACUGA